AUGUUAAGACGAUCAUCAACAAUCAAUGAUGAAGAUCAAAAAACAUUUUCAUUAAAAAAACGUUGGUUAGCACAUCAUCAUGAUGAUCAACAACAAGUUAAUAAUAAUAAUAAUCAAAAUAAUAUAUCUGAAAUAAGUAAAUUAUUACGUGAAUAUAAUUUUCAAGAUUGGCGAACAAUAACAGUUCUUGUUGAAAUAAAUUCAAAUGAAUAUAUAUCAGGUAAAAUUGCUCAUAUUGGUAUAAAUGGUUGUUUAUCUAUUCAAUCAAAUAUAUCAUCAUAUAAUAAAUUAAUUGAUAUAAAUGUUUAUGAAAAUUUUUUUGGAAUUUUAUCUGAUAAUGCACCACCAAUACAAGAUUUAAUUGAAGGAAAAUUUAUUUUAUGUAAAAAUCAAUUUAAUAAUCAAAUUUAUCAAACAGCUGUUAUUAUUGAAAAAACAAAAGAAGGAAAAUUUAAAAUUUUAUUUCAAGAUCAAUCUGAUAUAUUAUGUGUACCAAGACAAUCUAUUAGAUUAUUUUUACCACCAUGGCAUGAUGAAAUUUCAAUUGAUUGGAAUGCAACACUUUAUCAAACAAGAUUAUUUACUUUUAAUAAGAAUAUUAAUGGUUCAUGUAUAAGUCCAUUAUCUAUAGAUGAUCAAUCAUCAGAUAUGAAAAUGGAAAUAUUAGAAAAUGAUUCAAAUGAAAAAUCCUAUCGUAAAGGUGAUGUUAUAACAAUUGAUAGUGAAAUUCGAAAAAAAUAUAAUGGUAAACAAUGGCGUCGUCUUUGUUCGUAUGAAAAAUGUACAAAAGAAUCUCAAAGAUUUGGUCUUUGUUCAAGACAUUUAUCAUUAAAAGAAAAAACUUCAUUAAAUAAUCAAUUAAAUCAAUCAACUAGUCAUCAAUCUCAUACAAAUAAAACAAUUUUAACAAGAGAAAAUUCAAUAAAAAUUUUCAAAGAUAAAUCAAUACGUCGUCCAAUGAAUUCUUUUAUGUUAUUUUCACAAGAAGAACGUGCAAAAAUUCAUUUAGAAAAUCCUCAUUAUGAUAAUCGAAAUGUAUCAAAAAUUUUAGGUGAAAAAUGGUAUUCAUUAACACAAAUUCAACAACAACAAUAUAAAUUACGUGCUAAACAAUUAAAUGAUUUAAAUAAAGAACAAUUAAGAAGAUCAGCAAGAUUACAAUCAACUCAGAAAAUUAUAUCAUCUCCUAAUCCAUCAGAUCCACUUCAAGUUUUUGCACAAAUUUGUACAAAUAUGCCGAAAUUAACAGAAUAUUUUUCACCAAUAACAAAACCAUCGGAAGAAAAUCCAUCAACAUCAACAAAUAUAAUAACACCUAUUCCUAUUCAUGCCGAUUCAACAUUUAAUAUUAUUAAUCAAACACAAACAAAUAAUUCAUCUUAUCAAAUGGAAAAUGGAAGUAAUGUUUUAUUCGAAAGUGAUAAACAAACAAACAUAAUUGAUUCAUGUGAUUAUUCAAAUGAUUGUUUAUUAUCAAAAUCUCCAUCACGAUUAUCUGAGAGUGAAACUUGUCGAACAAUUGUUUCAAUGUUAAUUAAUCAACGUAAAACAAAUUUAGAUCUUGAACAACAACUUAAACAUUUACAAUCAUCAAUUAAACCAAUAUCUCUUGAUGAACAUCAAACACAUUCAUUUGCAUCAUCAUCAAGUACAUCAACAGGUUAUUCAAGCGGUUCAUCAAUUGAUGGAAGUAGUACAAUUCUAUCAGCAUUUAGUUCACGUUCAAAUAGUUCAUUAUCUGAAAGAAGUAAAACAUCACCAACAUCAUUUAAACCAAUUUUACCAAUUAAAUCUCAAAUAACAAUAGAUGACGAUUUUAUUUAUAAACCUUCGAUUUUAUACCAACAACAACAAACUGAUUUAGAUGAACCAUCGAUUAAACGACGAAAAAUUAUUAAUCUAGAGGAAAAUCAAGGUCCAAGAACACGAUCUCGAAGUAUAAGUGAACGUGGAGGAAUAAGUGAAUCAUGUUCAAUAGUAACACGUAAACGAAAAGCAUCAAUUGUUUGUGAACAAAAUCAAAGUGAAGUGAAACAACCAACAAUUGAUUAUAUCAAACAAUUAGAUAAAAUGAAAAAUCAAUAUAUAAAAUCUAGUACAAAUCGACAUUCAACAAAUGAAUCAAUAAAUAAAAGUCAAUUAGCAUCAAAAUUAAAAGUUAUUGAAUUUCUUAAAGAACAUCUUUAUCCAACUGAUUCAUCAAUAUUAUCAUUUCAAAUGUCAAAUGAAGAAUUAUUUCCAAAUAAACGUCUUUUAAAUCAACGAAUUCGAGAAAUUCGUCAAAAAUUAAUGAGUUAUUUAAAACAAGAAAAAAUUUCAAUAAAUUCAUCAUCACCAUCAUCAUCAUAA